GGGGAGGGAAGAGAGAAUGAUGAAGACCUGGGUGCCGAGGACUUGUUUGGAGAUGCAGAUGACAUCAGUGAGGAUGAAGAGGAACGCAAGAAGGACAAAGACAGACGUUCUCGCUCCAGGUCAAGGUCACGCUCCAGGAUUCCUGGCUCAACAAGGCUUAUUGUACCAGAUGAUGAGGAGAAGGAAGAUGAAGGGCCUUCACUAGAGACGAGAAUUGAGGCUGAGAUCCCCAAAAUCAACACCAACCUUGGGCGUGACAUCCAUUUUGUCAAGCUGCCCAACUUCUUGUCAGUGGAGACAAGGCCAUUUGAUGAGGAGACGCUUGAUGAGGAGGGCAGCAGGCUCAAGCUUAAGGUGGAGAACACUAUCCGAUGGAGGACGGUCUUUGACAAGGAGGGCAAUGCAGUCAAGGAAAGCAAUGCCAAACUUGUCGGAUGGUCAGAUGGCUCCAUGUCCCUUCAUCUUGGAGCUGAGGAUUUCGAUGUAUACAAGCAGCCUCUGCAGGGCGACCACAACCACUUGUUCAUCCGUCAGGGCACUGGUCUGCAGGGCCAGGCUGUGUUCCGUACGAAGCUGACCUUCCGACCGCACUCCACUGAGACCUUCACUUAUCGUAAGCUCACACUGUCUCUGGCUGACCGGACGCAGAAGACUGUGGGUGCCAAAGUGCUGUCUACUGAGAGCAGUCACAUCGAGAGCUUAAGGAGAGAUGAGGACAGACUCAAGGCUUCCAUGAGGAGAGAGGACAAGCAGCGUCGAGUGAGGGAGAAAGCUUCGAGCCGAGGCCUGACGGCAAACUACCUGGAGCCUGAGCGUAUGAGGAACAAGUUCAAGAACAAGCAGAAUGACCGUGCCCCUAUCUACUCCUCAGAUGAGGAAGAGUCGGACACUGAAAUAGACAAAGCCAAGCGCCUCGAACGUGCCAAGCAUACCAUCAGAGACUCAGACGAGGAAUCAGGCAGUGGAAGCGAGAGUGGCAGUGAGAGUGGAAGUGACAAAACCCGCAGCAGGCAGAGCACACGCAAGAGCUCCAGCCGCAGCAGGAGCAGAAGCAGGAGCAGAGCAAGAGUGGGAGCCGAAGUGGGUGUGGCAGCAGGAGUAGGAGCCACAGCAGGAGUGGGAGCAAAAGCAAGAGCAGGAGCAAGAGUCGUAGUAAGAGCAGGAGUAAGAGCAGGAGCAAAUGCAGAAGUAGCAGUAAGAGCAAGAGCAGAAGUAGGAGCAGAAGUAGGGGCAGACAGCAGGUAG